AUGGCUACCUGCCUGGGUACCUCAAUCCACACUCGUCUUAUCUGUUCUGCUCGUGCUGUGCUCAGUAGUGCAGUCAGCGUCCAGACCGGUGGAUAUGAUGGCUCUAUGCUCAACGGGCUCAACAUCUUGCCAUCAUAUACGGACUACUUUCGACUCAAUGCCGCCACCACAGGCCUCAACACCGCGUCCGUCUUCAUCGGUGGUUUCCUUGGGCCCCUCGUGGCAGGUGUGAUCUCGGACCGGCUUGGCCGACGCCCUGCCAUCUUCUGGGGCUCCCUUAUCACCAUCCUCGGAAUCAUCAUACAGACUGCCGCACAGAAUGUUGCUAUGUUUGUUGUCGGGAGAAUUAUCCUCGGCUUCGGCUCCGCUAUUUCCGGAAUCGCCGCGGGCGUCUACCUUUCCGAGACCUUCCCUAGCAGGUGGAGAGCCUGGGGCGUCGGGCUUCUGAACGACUUCUACUACGUGGGUGCCCUCAUUGCUGCCGGUAUCACCCUUGGCACCGGUCAAUGGCAGUCAACAUGGGCUUGGAGAGCUCCAUCGUUGUUCCAGGCCAUCUUCUCCAUUAUGUGCAUUGUGAUCUUGCCUUUCAUCCCCGAGUCACCACGCUGGCUUGCAUAUCAGGGAUUGUAUGAGGCGUCUCGCACAGUCGUUGCCCAGACCAAUGCCAACGGCGACCCGAAUGAUCCUGUCGUCAUCACAGUGUACAAGGAGAUAAUCGACACCUUGGCGUGGGAGAAAAAGGAAGGAAGAGGAUUGAGCCCGAUCGAAAUCGUCAAGACGCCAGUAGCCCGGAAGCGGCUGCUUAUCGGGAUGAGCCCCGGCCCGUUUUCAUGCAUCGCCGGCAAUAUCAUAGCAUCUUAUUACCUUGGGCCGGAGCUAGACACAGCUGGUAUCACAGACACUAACGACCAGCUCAAAGCAUGCCUGCUCGUGGCUUGUCUUUUUAUCAUCGGCGGCCUUUCAAAGAAGUAUGCUGACAACCCAGAUGGUGCUUCCUCGAGUCUUGUGUAUGGCGACGUUGCCGUCAUGUUCCUAUUCCAAGGAUUCUACUCCAUUGCGUGGACACCGCUACUCUACCUGUAUCCGCCCGAGGUCAUGAACUACUCAAUCCGUGCCAACGGUCUUGCUUUCUCGUCGCUCAUGUUGAACGUUCUCGCGCUCAUCUUCGUCUUCAUCAUGCCCAUCGGUCUUGCUAAUAUCGGCUGGAAGAUGUAUAUGGUCAAUGCUUCGUGGGACAUUGUCAUCAUUGUGCUUAUUGCUGUGUUCUGGGUCGAGACCAAAGGCAAGACCUUGGAAGAAAUCGACGCAAUUUUUGAGGGCGAGAAACAUUCCAACGUCCCGGAUGUCGAAAAGGUUCGCCGUGGCGAGCAGCUUGUCAAGGUUGAGGCUCUGGAUGAGAAAGCAUCUACGAGGGAAGGGGACGAUGUUACUGGUGUAGGUGUUAUGUUUGAGCGGGCGAUGGGCAAAGUGUUAUUCAUUGACGAAGCCUACCUCUUGCAGUACACUGGUGGAAGUGGCGCCAUUGAGGAACUGGUAGACUGCAUGACCAAAGAUCGGUUUAUCGGCAAGCUCGUGGUGGUCCUCGCCGGCUACACCGAGGAUAUGGACAAGCUCUUGGAAGAGAAUCGGCAUCCGGAGCCGGUUUCCAACUAG